AUUGCACAGAGAAUGACAAUUCAUAUUUAACGUUGAGCGCCAUUAUCUACGCUAUUGGCCGCUACAUCCGGGUGCAUACACAGUCAAAGCUUUGUUUGUGUCUUGCCUUGCGAAAAUUAUAUUUUCUCCGAAUAAAAAAUGAGUUUCGGCUUACCAUCCCUUAAGGUCAAACCUAGCCAACCUAGCGAGUUUAGUGUUGGUGUUGGCGAUGGAGUCUAUGGUAUUCAAAGUCCGAUGGUUGCUGGGUUAGCUGCUACAAAGUCUAGCCUUGGCUUCUCUCAUCCGUUGGAAGCUUCGGAAAGAAAUUUUCACAAGAACCAGCAGCGUAUGCAAAUGAUCAUGCUGCGCAAUGCACAAGGACUUCAUGCACCAAUGAGGUUAGCAAUGGAACUCAAAGCUGCAGACAACAUCGGUCGACUACCAUUCCUUCCAUCAUCUUGUAUGAUGCGUGAUGUCCUUCUAGGACGUGAUGAGGAAAUUGGUUUUGAGGACAUUCUGAAUGCUGCCGAAUUUAGAGAACAGGUUGGUCAACCACAUGCUGUUGUGGAGAAAAGUCUUGGUAUACUGUAAGCAUAGUUAUGGGUAACUAAAUUUAUUAAAUUCUGAACGCAAGAAUUACUGAGAGCUUUGCGUAUCAAUGUAUUUGUAUUUAAUUACUGCAUCUCAAACUGUUCAAAGGAGUAACAAUAAUUCUUAAUUGAAUUAAAUAAAAGAGGGAAAGAAUUCUUAAUAAGCACAACA